UGCGUGGGCUCCUCGUGCUCGAUCUCACUCUUCAACCAACCGGCCGCCUCCUCGAGCGCUUCCAAGCUUAAGCUUCUUCCUCAAUGUCCUCCUCGACCAGGGAUCCCGCCGCCGCCGCUGCCCACUCCUUCAACAAGAUCCUCGCUCAGCCUGGCAAAUCCACAAAGUCAAAACGCUCGGGAGACGUUGAUGAGUCCGUCAAGAAGCUCAGGCGCAUGAUCUUGGUCGAGGGGAUCCCAUCUCAGGUCGACGCUACGUUGCGUCCUCGGAUAUGGAAGAUACUGUUGCGGGUGGAUGAGAUAUCCGCUGAUACCUUCCUGGGAUAUGUGACGAGGGGGCCAUGCGAGGUCAGAGAGAAGAUUCGGAACGACACGUUCAGAACCCUCGCUACGGACAAGGGCUUCAAGGAGCGAGUCAGGGAGGAUAUGCUGGUGCGGCUGCUAGAUGCUUUCGUAUGGCGGAAUCACGAUCAACACGAACGCUCACGACUCGACUUUACCUACGUCCAAGGGAUGAACGUCCUCGCGGCGCCCUUCUUGUACACUUUGCCAUCCGAAAUCGAGGCCUUCUUCUGCUUCGCCAAGUUCAUCGAACAUGCAUGUCCGCUAUACGUCCAGCCUACCCUCGAAGGCGUUCACCGCGGUCUCAAGCUCCUCGACCGGUGUUUGAAGAUCGUCGACCCCGAGCUAUUCGCUUACCUGCGUUCAAAGAACCUUUCCGCCGAAAUCUACGCCUUCCCUUCCGUCCUCACCCUCUGCGCAUGUACACCACCCCUCGACCAAGUCCUCAAACUAUGGGACUUCCUCCUCGCGUUCGGCGUCCACCUCAACGUCCUCUGCGUCAUCGCUCAACUGCUGCUGAUACGGGAGGACGUGAUGAGCUCAUCGAGCCCGAUGAAGCUGCUCCGCACAUUCCCUCCACUAGACGCUGUACCAGUCAUCGGCAUCGCCGUCACCCUCGUGCGCGAUCUCCCAGUGGAGCUAUACGACGAGCUCGUGCGGCAUCCGUACGAGCUUUCGGGCAUAUAAUGCUCGUCCUCGCUGCUGUCCCGUUGACUUCACAUCGUCCCUUCUCCUCAUCCCCACGCAUGUAUACCAUAUUGUCUUGUAGCAUAAGACCCACGCCGAGGUCUCCCGCCCAUACUGAUGUCGGACUCUAUCUCAUCUUCGAAACUGUACACAAUACCUCUGGCUGCAUCCCUUCUGGAGUUCAUUUUCAUGGGCUGCAGCUGGACCUAGAUUCUUCUUGCUCGUCUCCACGGUGAUAUUUUGUUCGCGUGAUUUGUGCCUUUGAUAGCGUUACAUUGCCAUACUAUACACUAGGAACAUUCGUCUAAUCCGCCUGCGGCCUGUAGCAAAGCAUCC